AUCGGAAUUAUUCGCGCGGUCUUCAUCUUUUUCUUCUGCAUCUGAUGAGUCGUACUCGACGAGUUUGUCGUGUUGACGCGCCGCCAGGAUUUCGUUCGCUUUUUCAAUCUCCAGCGCGCAGAGGUUAAACUGAAGCAGGAUUCGGUGAUGUGGAAAUUCUCUUCGAGGAUUUUCAACGUUUCGAGUGAUCGCUUGCGAAACGCGAAGAACGCGCAGAUUUUUUCAUUGCACGACGUGCACAGCGUGUCCGGCAGUAGUGAUUCUUUCAUCACCUAGAAAACAGCAGGAAAACAAAUUGUGUUAGAUAGGCAACUUAUUCGACACAGUGUUUCGAAAAUCUUGUGUCGCAUGUUGAAUGAUGUCGUACCUGCACGGGCAAACAAGUUUCGAUCUUGCUCCGCAGCCCGUCGACGGCGAAGAUGUCGACGCGCUGAUUGGGGUGCGUUGUGAUGGUGGCGCACAGCCGACAGAGGCGCUCCACCUCGCGCCUCGCGCCGCUGCUCGCUACCUCCGGCUGCGGCUCCAUGACGCGCGCGCAGAACGAGUGGGUCUCUCCUAGGAGGCCCGCAUCCGCGCCGAUGCUCGAUGCCACUCACACACACCAGCGGCGAUGGAUGAUUUUUUUUAUUUGCGUACACCCGCACACUGCGCACGCACACCUCUUCCUCAAGUUGCUGUUUAGCUGCUGCUGCUUCCAGAAGACUGCGUAUGAAUGCGGUUAUUCGGGUGAAGGUCAGCGGGCGGCGUUCUGCGUUGCGAAAAUAUGGCGAGCGCUUCAGGCGGCCACCAUCUUUCGCUCACCGGGUGUUCGGACGACGCGCACGCUACGACGCUGCGACGGUGCGGCCGGGACUGACUCAACGAGGCAUGAGUGCGCCGAGCGCCCGAAGCCGCUGUCGGGCCGGACCGGUCGGCGCGGCGCAGCGCGCACGGCGGAGAGAGAGCGGCACGGGGCGGCGCUCGACGACGCGCACGCUGGGGUCGCGACGUAGAGACGCGCACGCGACGCGCAACCUGCACACACACCCGGAGGGACGCGGAGCGGCGACGGCGGCGAGCGGACUCGAAGAGCAGAAGCAGAAGAACAUCCCAGCGCCGCACCAAUCACACACUUUAACUAUACACCACUAGAUGUCACCCACACAUCGAUUCACAUCACUAUAGACAACACAACAUACACCACAAAUCAAUAAUCACCCACAUCAUCAGCUGUUUUUAAAUUAAAUUUAAUCCAAAAAUUUCAGUUAGUAAUGAACGUGCCAGAUAGUGACUCCGAAGAUGAACUCCCCCCUGGUUGGGAGGAGCGCGUCACAGUCGACGGUAAUGUAUUCUACGCGAAUCAUUUAACAAAGGCGACGCAAUGGACGCACCCACGCACCGGCAUCAAAAAAGUCGUCAAUGGCGAGCUGCCCUUCGGCUGGGAGCGCUGCGUGGACAAAAACACCGGUAAAGUCAUCUACGUAGACCACGAAAACAAACGGACAACAUAUACAGACCCACGGCUUGCGUUCGCAAUCGAAGAGAAAGAUCAUGUCAACGAUUACCGGCAGAGGUUCGAUGCGUCAAGCACCGCAUUACAGGUGCUUCACGGAAGAGAUCUCAACAAUAAACUGUGUGUAAUCACAGGUGGCAACUGCGGAAUUGGUCUUGAAACAGCCAAAAGUCUCUGUCGACAUGGCUGUCAUGUUAUAAUAGCUUGCAGGAACAUGGAAGCAGGGCAAAUGGCGCUGGAAGACAUCCGAGGGUGUAAACCAGACGCAAAGUGUGACGUCGUCCAAUUGGAUCUCGCGUCACUCACUUCUGUGUCAAACUGCGGGGAGGAAAUUCAUCGUAGACUACUCCCUACUAAUAGAAGCAUCGAUAUGCUUAUUCUAAACGCUGGAGUUUUUGGUCUUCCGUUUGAAAAAUCCGAUGAUGGUUAUGAGAAAACAUUCGCCGUUAAUCAUUUAGGUCAUUUUUAUUUAACGCUGCUUUUAAAACCUUUGCUUAAGGUUGGCAGUCGUGUUGUUGUGCUCAGUUCGGAGAGUCAUAGAUUUGCUAAUUUAACAGCGGAUACUUUAAAUCCCUCCACACUCUCAGUGGAAUCAUCGCAGUAUUGGCACAUGACAGCCUACAAUAAUUCAAAACUCUGCAACGUGUUAUUCGCGCGUCAACUCGCGAAAAAUCUACAAGAUAAAGGUAUAUCUGUGUUUUCACUGCAUCCAGGCAACAUGGUAUCGUCUGGACUCGCACGGAAUUGGUGGUUGUACCGCAUUGCAUUCUUCCUGGUGCGGCCUUUCACUAAAAGCAUGCAACAAGCAGCGAGUACAACUGUAUUCUGCGCAACCGCAGUCGAACUACAAGGCACAACCGGUGUGUAUUUUAAUAAUUGUUACCGGUGUCAAGAAUCACAAUCGGGACAAUCCGAUGUCAUGGCUGUGAAACUCUGGAAAAUCAGCUGUAAGAUGAUUGAGGAUUCGCUUGGUGACCGCGCGAAAGGUUUGGAUAAUAUAGAAUUAAUCAACGAGAAGAUAGCAGACUGUCAAGAUCAAGGUCACAACCAAGGUCAAAGUCAUCGUGAGAGGGAAAUAUGCUGAAUGCUAACACAAUAAAAGGUAGGCUACACGCAUGUGCGCGCUCUGGUGGGAGUAAAUGUGCCUGGGACGCAAUGUGCCAUGCGUCGCGACGCCUGCCCGCCUGCUGGGCGCUCUCCCAGACGUCAAACACGCCAUCCUACAUUUACACGCUACGCCUCGAGCUUAAUCCUGCGUUCCUCCCUGGAAAAACCCACAAAAUAUCACAAUAAACAUGAAAAAUCAUAA